CUCCUCUUCUCUGCUUUCAUCCCUCUUUGCUCCGCCCACGAAUCCCCGCUUCAUCCCUCCUCCUCUCUGAGCCGCGUCCUCUGCUGCGUCAGACACCUCCAUUCAUGAAAAGCGUGACGUGAGCAGGUCCUCAGCGACACCGAGACGGUUCACACCGCCCACCCACUCACAGCCCAGGUGCUGCGCGAGUCACAGGGAUGCCUGUCUGUUUUUCCCUCUCUCCCUUUCUGGCCAUUUCUCCCUCGUGUCUUCGUCGUCUUCAGCUGUCCUCUCGGGGGGUUUAUAACCGUCCUCCUUCCCUGCCUCAGAGCCGAGACAGGAACAUGAAUCUGAGCCGUGUCUCCGGUGAUUUUCAACAUCCAGAGAGACCAGUGCGUUAGGACGCAUCCCUCUCACUGUAACUGGGCUGCCCAUCCACAUGCACGACACCAUGGGCAGCUCCCCAGAGGUGCUUUCCUGGACCUCCUGUCCCAGUCUCUUGGUGGGGAAGCUGAAAGACGAGCUUAAGCUCUCUGUGGUUGGGGACGCCAUGAAGAAAUCCAACUCUCCCAAUGCCCAAUCCCAGCCUCCUCAGGCCCUUCCUGCUGCUUUACCUCCUCAGAUUAUAACAGACCUCGCCCCGCCGACCAACCUGCCCGUUCCCCUGCACACGCCCGGCCAGGACGAGGACUCCAUCUUGGGGGGCAUCAGCCCAGGAAACACGGCCCUCAGCGUGGACUCUACUCGGAGCGAAGGCGGAAACUUUAACAACAGCGUACUCCAGCUGCAGGAGCCGGAGCAGGAAGAAGCGGGUUCACCAGCGUCCUGUGAGCACGGUGGGUGUGGGAGUGGCAUGGACGAGCAGAUGGGAGAAGGAGACUGUCCUGUGGACCACAGCGGCGAGGGGAGACCCAGCCACCCUCGGCACCCUGACGACAUCAAGCUGCACUUCCAAAGAGCCGGGCCCGGUUCGGGGGGCUUCCUGGAGGGGCUGUUUGGCUGCCUGCGGCCCGUCUGGAACAUCAUUGGGAAAACUUACUCCACAGAAUACAAGCUGCAGCAGCAAGACAUGUGGGAGGUCCCAUUUGAGGAGAUUUCCGAACUGCAGUGGCUGGGCAGCGGUGCGCAGGGCGCUGUCUUCCUGGGCAAGUUUCGCUCUGAGGAGGUGGCCAUCAAGAAGGUGCGGGAGCAGAAAGAGACGGACAUUAAGCACCUGCGGAAGCUCAAGCACCCCAACAUCAUCAGCUUCAAAGGGGUGUGCACCCAGGCGCCUUGCUACUGUAUCAUCAUGGAGUACUGCGCCCAGGGCCAGCUGUAUGAGGUGCUGAGGGCCGGGAGGAAGGUCACCCCCAGGCUGCUGGUAGACUGGGCCACAGGGAUCGCCGGCGGCAUGAACUACCUACACCUUCACAAGAUCAUCCACAGGGACCUCAAGUCUCCCAAUGUUUUGGUCACACACAACGACACUGUGAAAAUUUCUGACUUCGGAACGUCCAAAGAGCUCAGUGAUAAAAGUACAAAGAUGUCAUUUGCGGGUACGGUGGCCUGGAUGGCCCCAGAAGUCAUAAGAAACGAGCCUGUGUCUGAAAAAGUCGACAUCUGGUCAUUUGGAGUUGUGUUAUGGGAAUUGCUCACAGGAGAAAUUCCCUACAAAGAUGUGGACUCAUCCGCCAUCAUUUGGGGUGUUGGCAGCAACAGCUUACACCUUCCUGUCCCCUCCACCUGCCCAGACGGUUUUAAAAUCCUCAUGAAACAAACAUGGCAAGGCAAGCCCAGGAAUAGGCCCUCAUUUCGUCAGAUCCUCCUCCAUCUCGACAUUGCCUCUUCUGAUGUUUUAGGAACUCCUCAGGAGACCUACUUCAAGUCUCAGGCAGAGUGGAGGGAGGAGGUGAAGAAGCACUUUGAGAAGAUCAAAAGUGAAGGCACUUGCAUUCACAGGCUGGACGAGGAGCUGAUCCGUCGCAGGAGGGAUGAACUCAGGCAUGCUCUGGACAUCCGGGAGCACUAUGAGAGAAAGCUUGAGAGAGCCAACAACCUCUACAUGGAGCUCAGUGCCAUCAUGCUGCAGCUGGAGGUCCGAGAGAAGGAACUCAUGAAGAGGGAGCAGGCAGUGGAAAAGAAAUAUCCAGGAAGCUACAAACGCCACCUGGUCCGGCCCAUCGUCAGAUCCAACGCCGUCGAGAAGCUCAUCAAGAAAAAAGGAAGCAUCUCACACAAACCUGGAAUGCCACCCACCAAAAGGCCGGACCUGCUGCGCUCUGACGGCAUCCCCAGCGUUGACUCCCUCCCCUCACCCUCGCCUCUCUUGGCCAGCCCCAAAGUCUCCACGCCUCCCGGGAAAACCCGCUACCGCAGCAAGCCUCGCCAUCGCCGCGCCAACAGCAAAGGCAGCCACAGCGAGUUCCCUGGCGCCUUGAAGCCUCUCACUGGAGCCCCAGAAGACACCCAGUCUCUGCAGGAGCAGCCUUUCCACCACCACCAUCAUCAUCACCACCACCCACCAGCUGAGGGUCAGUUUCUUCCUCUGAAAGGCCGUGAAGAGGCCGUAGUUAACUGUGCCAACAAUCUACGCUACUUCGGCCCUGCCGCCGCCCUCCGCAGCCCUCAGACCGACCACCUUCAGCGCCGCGUCUCUGACUCCAGUCCUGACCUCAUUUCCACAGCCGUGGAUGCAGACACGCGGCAGCGGACUUCAUCCACCAGCACCAAACCCAUACCAGGGUCCGGCGCUGUGUUGUUAUGUCCCUGCUGCCAGGCUCACCCUCUGCCCGGCUGCUUGCACUGUCAAGAGACUCCGCCCACUCUAAGCCAACCAGAACUACCGCACUACUCACUGCUUAGCACCCAGGAAAGCAACCAGUCUUCACUGGUGCCACUCAAUAAAGAAGCAGCUUUAAACGGAGAGGACGGCUGCCUCGCUGCCCCGCAGGCACAGAAUCCAUCCCAGUCCAAACACCCGCUGCCCUCUGCACUGCCCCGCACCCUCAGACCCCUCAGAAAGGGUGGCGAUGAGUCAUCUGAAGAGGAGGAGGGAGAGGUGGACAGUGAAGUGGAGUUUCCACGGCGACAAAGACCCCAUCGCUGUAUGAGCAGCUUCCAGUCGUACUCCACCUUCAGCUCGGAGAACCUGUCGGUGUCGGAUGGGGAGGAGGGCAACACGAGCGACCACUCGCACAGUGGACCCCUGAGCGCCAGCCAGGAGGAGCACCUGGACGAGCUGCUGUCGCACACGCCCGACAUCCCCAUCGACAUCUCCACCCAGUCUGACGGCCUCUCCGACAAGGAGUGCGCCGUCCGCAGGGUGAAGACGCAGAUCUCGCUGGGGAAGCUGUGCUCGGACGAACACAGCUAUGAGAAUCCACUGCAGUUCGGAGACUCGGACUGUGAUUCGUCGGAAGCAGAGUGCUCCGAUACCACCAUCAGAAACAACAAAGUCGGUGCUCCGUCGUCAUGGUGAAACUCUCCACAGGGUGUUGGAUCUGUUUGUUUAUUUUUUUUGCCUGGUGGCCAUCAUAUCCAUAUUAGAGGGCUCCACAGAAAACACAGCAAUAAGAGGACAUCAUAGAGAACAAAACUCUCCCUAUAGCAAAGUCCUGCAUAAUCUCCCCUCAUCCUCAGCAUCAUCCCCCCGGCCCACCUCCGCCUCCCAUCGUCUAGCACUGCAUCCAGGCAAACCCAUGGCAGGGAUUCCCUUUUGAUUGAUAAUGUACAGUAGAUAGUAUAACAUUCUUAAUUUAUUUUUGUCUGAGUUUUGAAGAGAAAUUCAGGAUUCUCUGAACAGAGGAAAUAAAAACUGACAUUUUGAGACCGAGACUGAUGAAGCUGCGGAGGAUAGGUGAGGGAGGAAAUGUUGAAGCUCUGAUGUGUCAGAGCAUCACUACGGGUCUACAUCUCACUACAGUUGCUCUGAGCAUCUCUGUGUUGGUAAAACCUCACAAAAAAGAAAAAAGCAAUCUCCUUGUUGUUAGUUUACAGCGCAGCGACCCGGUAUCCCGCAUCCUUUCACUUCCUUCUUGUCACAACUGUGGCUGACACAGGUAAACAAUGAGCUCAUGGAAACAGUGUCAACACCAGCAUGAACAACUCGCCUUGCAAAUUGCAAAUGGAAACUCCCCCGAAUGAAAAAAAAAAAAAAACACCUCUGGACUUGUCUCAUUGUCAGGAUCACCGCAUAGCUAUUAGAGCAUGCUCUCAAGAGGAAAAAAGCUUUACAAGGACUGCAUGAAGCAGACAAGCGGUCAGCAGAGAGGACGACUCAUCCGAGAGCUAAAAACAGGCAAAAUAAAGGACGCUCUCAACCUUCUCUGUGAGACACGUCAUCAGCAAUCAGGCGUUACGAUGGGAGCUUUUGAGGACGGUGUGCGUUGGUUUGCGUAAGCCCCCCUUCCUCAACCAUCAGACAUUACAGUUUCAAGUUUCAUCUCAGGAUCGCUCGAGGACUGUGAAACUAGAUCGGACCAACUAUCGUGUGAAAGAAUCUUCUUCGACUGGCACAUGUUAAUAUAAAGGACUGGGGAGGCAUUUAAAAAUAAAAAAAAGCUCUUACAGAGAAGCCUUGGAUAUUCAGCCCUUUAGUGUAGGUGUUUCUAUAGCUGCAGACUAAAUGCAGUAUCUCUUUUUGUUUUGUUUUAGAUUUUCUGGAAAGUGACAGAGCGCCUCAUUCAUCAUUUUCUUGCAGAGAUUCUUAUUUUUUUAUUCAUAAUGAUACAAGUGCAUUUCUAUAAAUACGUUUUUUCACUCAAUAAAGUCAAAUUAAUAUAAUUUUAAUGCAUGAACAGUGAAAAUUUUAAUCUAAAUUACCUGUUAAGUUUAAUAAUUGGGAUGUAAAACUAGGGCAUCAAUCCAAAAUUUAGUUUAUCAGAAAGUCUCUUUAAAUGUCAUCAUACCAAUUUGUAGAAAAAUAGUAUUUAUCAUAAAGCUGUCAGGUUUAGGAUUCCACUAAAGAAGCUGGUUGUUCCCAGGCUCCUUUACCUCAGCAAAACAAAAAGAAAAAAUUAGUAGAGGGAAAAGGUAUGCUACAAAUAUGUGAUAACACAUAUGGCACAGCCUUAAGUGGAAAACAGAAAUAAAGGCUUGAGUCUCUGUAGAGUCAUUAAAAGGUACUAAAAAAUAUUUCCAUUUUAAGUUUUAAAAACAUGUCCAGUUUUCCAUCAUGAGUCUUAAAUGUUAUUUAUGUUUUAAAUGUGCUCCUAUAUGCUUCUUCCUCUGAUUUUUAACCUUUUUUUUUGUUUUAUGUUGUGGUAGUAAUCAUUUGUCCCAGGUUUUGAAGUUCUUGAUAUGUAGAGGGGUGUUAUGCUGUAAUAUUUCAUUCAACUUUCAGCCUUUCCCUACAAACCCAUAAAAUAUUUCUGCUUGUGAAGCUGGAUGAUAGUUGUUAGUUUAGGGAAUGAAAAUCACACUCUUUUAACCUUAUUUAUUUCCGCUAAUUCUUUAUGGAAAUGUGUAUAUUUGACAAGGUGGCUGGAUUUUAAAUAUUUGCUAAAACCUUUUAUGGAUAAAUAGUAUGAGACUUAAAAGGUGUUAAAAGUGGGUAACCUAAACACAAAAUGCAUAAAAACAUAUGGCAAAGGCAAAAAAGAAAAUGCAGAAUAAAAAAAAAAAGAAUAUAAGCUAAGUGUGGGUUAUUGAGCAUAUCAGGGAUUCAAUUAGUAUGUUUGUCUUUGUAAGUCAUGUUGCUCUUAAACCAUAUUUACUCUUGAAGAAACUGUAGAAUAUGAAUUUGUUUGCAAUUAAUCUAUAUAAUGAGUUUCAUUUUUGAAUUGAAUGACUAAAGUAAAUUAACUUUUUAUGAUAUUUGAAUUUAUUGAGAUGCACUUGUAAAUAUUGUCUGUUAGCUGAACAGCAAUACCAAACAGCAGGGUAGAUCUCAGGUGAUAAAUAGGAGAGGGGGUUAAUCCAGCAGGCUGGAUGUAACCAUGGUUACUAGGAGUUAGAGUAGAGCAGUGAGUGGAUAUAUUUUUUAAUUGCUCCAUUUCUCUUAUUUUUCCCCCCAACUUGCCUUUUUGAGGUUUGAUGCUCAGGAUUUGUGUUGAAUGACAGCAAUAUAUCAGCUGUCACUAGAUGGCGACAUUUGAUUUUGCCUUUCUUCUGUGAAUCUCCCACACCAAUCAGUCUCACAAUCCCAGCAAUACAACUUUUUUCACCCAAUCGUCUUAAAUACAAAACCAAAAAAAAGAGAUACUGCAUUUAUGAAAGCAUUACUUUUGCUUUUGGGUCCUCGUCUGGCAUCCACAUUUGUAAUAAUCCCAUCAGUCAGGGCGGUACUGAACGCUAAUGAUGUCAGCUCAGACGUGUGUGCCGACGGUUGUGAAUCUGCAUAAGGAACACAAGCCAGAGACGAGUUCGCGGAGCUUUAAGCUGCUCUUGGUAUUCACCAACCAUAUAUCUCAGUGUUAAUCCUGUACAUAAACAAAUGUAAAUGCAAUGUGAUUCGUUUUUCAUCCUCUUUCGUUAAUGUGUGCCGAGCGGCCGGACAGGAGGAGGAGGUCAUCCUUAUAUCAGUAUUGAACACUACGACAGGAAGGUGAAUCUUGAUUCAAUGUGCUCGAGAGCUUUGAAAAGGCUCCAUCUACCUUCUUCUCUUCUGUUUACGUACAUGUGAAGUAACCUCAUGUAAUCUGAUCGAGCUGAUAAUAACACUUGUCUUCUCUGGUGUCCAUCCUGUGAAGAAUGACUGUUGUGAACUUUUAAUUUAAUUUAGAUCUUUUUAUUGUUGUUUUCUUUUCUCUCUCCUUUUUGUAGCUGGCCUACAUAAUUAUUGAAUUAAUUUAUUUGAAAUGAGUCAUCAGGAGUAAUAUUUCUUUUUAAUUUGAGGCAGCUUCAGAAAUCUCAUGACCAACAGGUUCUCCUUUUGAAGGAAGCACAAUGAAUGGGUGUGGGGAAGAGGGCAGUAUUUGUGUGGUUGAACAAAAGCGUUACCAUAUCACUGUUUAACCCUGCAGAGGGACCACUCGUCGUUUAGAUUCAUCAUUGCAGUUUAAAGUAUUGAAUAAGUAGUUUGCAGAAUCAAGGAUUCCUUCAGCUUUUUCCAUCUUCCCCUAGGUUAUUAGGAAGCAGGGUAGACGAGCCCAAGGGAACAUGUAAGGAGGCAAUUAUAUCUCUACUUCUGCAGUGAUUCCUUCUUCGCAUUUGUAAUCAUAAACUAAAAUAUUUCCAUUUGAAUUUCUGUGAAAUUGUUGCCUGAUUCUGUUUAGCGCACAUACUUUUUUUUUCUCUCAUUUGUGAACCUCUUCCCUGUUGAAUGGCAUUAUGAUCAACCAAUCCUGUCAUUUUCCUGUAUUAUUCGGUGUACAGUGCAAUAGGAGAAUAAAAUCAAAGCAAACAAACUGCAUGGAAUAAAGGCUGAUGUACUGUACCAAGAA